UUUGAUCAGCCAAGUCUCAAUGUUCUCAAAGCCCCACUGUUUUCAGAUGAAUCAAAUAGCAUCUCCCAUGUCCAAGUCUCCAAUGAGCUCGCCGGAGAUGGACGCCGGAAUAUGGAGCAACUUACCGGAGGAACUCCUGGAUCGUAUUCUCUCCAUGCUGCCUCUCAAAACCUUCAUGGUUCUGAGAUCAACUUGCAAGCAUUUCAAGUCUCUGUUAUUCUCUCCCACUUUCAUUUCCAAGCACUCUUCCUCCAAUUCCUCACCCUUCUCUUCUUUUCUCAUGCUUUCUCAACCGCAGUGCUAUCCCGACUUCCCUCUCUACGACUCGCAGCUCUGCGCGUGGCGCAGCUUCGCUCUUUCACUCUCGGAAUUGCUACCCUGCGCUGCAGGACCAGUCUCUCUGCUCUCCAUCUCCAAUGGGCUGCUCUGUUUCUCUCUGCCCAGCUCGUCUUCCUUUGUUGUCUGUAACUUCUUGACCAAGUCAUCGAGAGUGAUCCAAUACCCUACCUACCCUUUUCAUUUUGAGCUGCUUACUCUGGUUUCCACUCCAGUUGGGUACAAUAUUUUCAUGCUCUCUUCUGAGUCUUCCACCAAGACUAGAACCUUUGUAUAUGAUUCGAAGGUCCAGUCUUGGCAAAAUUUAAUCUCAUUGGAUACAAUUCUCAGUGACAAUCAUCAUCAAGAAGGUGUUCAUUUCAAUGGGUCUCUCUACUUUUCGACCCCGGAGCCAUUCUCUAUUGUCAACUUUAAUUUGGAGAGUGGUAAAUGGGAGAGACACAAUACUGAACUCCCCGGAGAGCUCGUUUUUGUUCGAUUAGUGAGUGAUGAAGGAAAAGGGAAGAUGUAUUUGAUUGGUGGGAUUGGUAGGAAUGGGAUUUCAAGGAGAAUGAAAAUCUGGGAACUGUGUGAAGGAAAGAAUUGGGUGGAGAUUGAGAGUGUGCCUGAAAUGAUGUGCAGAAAGAUAAUGUCAGUUUGUUACCAUAAUUACGAGCAUCUCUAUUGCUUUUGGCAUCAGGGUUUAAUCUGUGUUUGCUGCUAUGCGUGGCCUGAGAUUUUGUAUUACAAGGUUUCCAGGAGGACUUGGCAUUGGCUCCCCAAAAGCCCUUUGGUGCCGGAAAGAUGGGCUUGUGGCUUCAGGUGGUUUUCUUUUGUGCCGGAGUUGUAUGCUUCAGUGUGAUUAGUUAGUUUGAUCCAAUUUUAUUAGAUCUCAUUUUCUUGUUUCUGAGUCUGGUUCUGUAUACCGCUAUACUUUGUAUUUUGUUGUGGGAUUAGGGAAUAAAAUGUUUGCUGAUUAUUAAGUUCAACUAGGCCUUCA